GAGCGACUUCUUUCAAAUACCUUUUAAAAAUUUCGUUUGACUACACAAAUUUUGGCAUGUUUCCUGUACAAAUAAACGAUGAUUUAGGUGAAUUACAACCACCACCUCAGCGAAAUUUCCCAAAGUCAGCUUUAGUGUAUACACUGAACGAAACAUUGCAUGAUGCUGCUGCUUUGGCGUACUUUAUUCAGUUUAUGGAAGGAAUUGGUCAACUUAAUUUAAUCAAAUUCUGGCUGCAUGCUGAAAGUUGUCGGUGUUCGGCACUUACGGUGAAAAAGAAUGACGUAACUUUGAUCGCAAUGAUCAAAAAUGAUGCGAUUCGUAUUUAUUUGAAAUAUAUAAGCGAAGAUGCAUCCUGUUCAAUCAAUAUCACUGAUCAUUUGCGGAAAGUGGUAUUGGAACGAAUAAAUGCUAAAAAUGGGUCUUUCGAUCCUUGUUGCUUUUCUGAGGCACAAAGCUUUGUUUUUAACGUCAUGGAAAGUCGGUACUUCAAAGAGUUUGAAAGUAGUACGUAUUACGCUAAACACCGCAUAGACGUUAUCAGCAGUGGAGCACUUACAAUAAAGGAUAUUAUGCUAUGUCAACCACUUCUAUGCGCAUUUGUCGAGUAUAUGGAAAAUGAAGACGGUGGGAAAUUAGUAGAAUUUAUUAUUUCCGCUGAGAGCUUUGCUAAACAGUUACCGUUAACGCAAAGUAAUGAACAAGCAGUUGAAGAUGCUAUGAUUAUCUAUAACAGAUAUUUUUCAAUGCAAGCAACAGAGCCAUUGAAAUUUGAUUCGAAAACACGAAUUCAGAUCGAAAGCGACAUUUGCUUAGGAAAUGGAAGACCUGCUUCGAGCUGUUUCGAAACAGCACGACUUAUGGCUUUGCGCAUUCUGGAACAGAAUUACCUGAAACGCUUUUCUGCAUCUCCAGCAUUUGUAAAAUAUCUGCAAAAGCUGAUGGCUCAAAUCGAAAACAAUGUCGAAUUGCCGGAUCCAAAUAUGAGAAAGCGGACAUUUGAUACAAGCAUACCGUCAUCGUUAUUUGAUAAAGCGAUAUAUCGUAAUUUAACUCAUCUUGACCCAUCACUCUCUCCUGCAUUGUUACCACUGAAUAGGGAGGAAUACGAGGCAGUCUCUCAGCCAGAUUGCUCAAAUUCGUAUGGCACGAGUAUUCCCCGUAUUGGGCGAUCAAGAGCGAGCAUUUCAUUAGCUACAGUUGAUGAUAUGGGCCGCUAUCGACCAAUGUAUGAUAAUAGUUACAGUAUAUCCGAAAAUAAGGGAAAUACUCGACGGAGGCUCAAAAGCAAAAUAGAUAAAUAUCUACAUUACUCUGUGAAAAAGGAGGCGGAGGUAGCAGACCAAGUGGCGCAACUUAUCGUUGCUGAUGUGCAUAAUAUGGUUUCUGCGGGCAGUUCGUUAAGGCUUUCUGAUUUUUGAUGUAUGCUGCUCCGUAACAAUAAUAACUCGAGGAAACUUCUCCUAUCUCUAAUGUAUU